AUGAGGACUCCUCCUCCGUGCCGAUUACGAUCACGUCUGAAAAUAGAGUACCCAGAUGAUAUUUUAGUAUUUAAAAAACCACUGCUGCAGAAUACGACUGCUUUAACCUCAUCUAUUCAAACUGAACAGUCCAUUCAUCAUAAUCAAAAGAAUGACGAUACAGAAUCAUCUUGCAAUAGUUUACCCUUUGGUAUAGCGACAGUACUUCAACAACAAACGAAUCCAAAGUCUCAAUUGAAAAAGUCUUUCUAUUCAACCCAAGGUCAGUUAAUAUCAUCACAAGUUCAAUCAGUUACAAGAGGGGAGACCUCAACACGAUCAACUCCGGAAAUCGACAAUCCCUGGCUACCGUAUUAUCUAUCGACGAUCUCUCCUAUGAAUAUGGUGACAAAUUGGUGUGCAAAAUGUUCAGUUCAGUUUCGAAUGACUAGUGAUCUCGUUAACCAUAUUCGAAUGCAACAUGGACGUCAUAAACAAGAAAAUACUACGGAGGGGACUAAUCGAAAACAAGGAAAAUUAAUAUGUCAAAUAUGUUUUGAAACAUUUCGUGAAAGACAUCAUCUUACGAGACAUAUGACGUCGCAUAGCCAAAAUUUCGAAAUUAAAUGUUAUCUCAUUACAUCGACAAUCAUACCAAAAGUAAUUAAUACAUUUGAAGUACGAAAUCCCGGUUUCACAUCACUGUUCAGAACAUGGAAUUUGAAUACAACUAGUUGGAGUUUUUAUAUAUCUUCCUUCAAUGCCAUACCAUUCACAACUGACAUGGUUUCUUAUGUACCAAACAUUCAAUAUGAUCUUACUAUAUCGAUUGUGCCAACAGUCAUUACAGAAAAUAUCAUAUGGCCAAAUGGUAUUAUAUCAGCAGAUGACAGAAUCUUUGGAAAACCAUAUUCAAUUAUAGUAGCUAGUGGUUUUUUGGUUCCAGGCAAAACGAAUGGAAAUUUGUACUUUAUUCCGCCUCCAUUCACCACUAAACCAAUUCCACUUGUGCCGAUUGAAGCGAAAUCAUGGUUUUAUCACGAUGCUACUUUCAGAGACAUGGAUUUGGAUGGUUAUGUUGAUAUUGUUACGGCUCGAGCACAUGUGCCUAUUGUUGGAUCAGCUGUUGGUGAACUAAUAUGGUUGAAAAAUCCAGGACAAAAUUUUAGUCAAAAUGAUUGGUCAAUAAACUACAUAGCUGAUGGUCCCGAUAUCCAUGUUAAAUUUACUCAACUAACUGUUGGUGAACGACGAUAUGAUGUUCUAUUCACACAUAGUUAUUUUAAUCAAAAAUUACAAAUAUAUUGGAGUGAAGAGGAACAUGGUAGUUGGAAUGAUUCGACGAAGAUAUCAAAACGUGAUAUUGAUGGAGAUCAAGGAUUUUUUGACAUAACAUUAACCGAUUUGAAUGGUGAUUCACACGUCGAAUUAUUAGUUCCUUGUAAUGAUGUUAAAAAUGGUUCACUUGUUGUUUAUGAAAUACCCACAGAAGAUUUUCGUACAGGAGAAUUUGUUAAACAUGUAUUAGCUUCAAAUUUUAAACCCAUAAGUCAAACAAAAGGCCGUGGCGCACCUGGUAGUGCACUUAUAGUAAAAAUGAAUAAUCAACAUAAACCUGUUAUCGCUUUGAGUGGUGAUGAUGAUGGUUGUGCGUACAUUUUAGAAGCACAAAGUGAAGAUGUAUCAGAUUGGAAUUAUACGUUGACGAAAUUUCAUCAAGUCGAAUCGACUGUAGGACAACUAAGUGGUGAAGAUAUCGAUAACGAUGGAAAUCCAGAAAUAUUUGUGCCCUCGUAUGGGCAAGGUCAAAUGACAAUUUACAGAUUUUUGCGGGAAUAA